GUGUUGUUCAAUGAGGCGGCGGCUCAGCGCUGCCUGGCGUACUUGUUUGAGAAGGCAGGCUGUCUCCAACAUGUCGACGAGGUUCGGACCAACAGCGAACAUACUAACAAGCCGUGCGGACUGUAUCGGAUCAGGGUGCACGUCAAAUCCACUGUGAGUCGGGAUGUGACGUGGGAGUGUAGGAAGGUUUGGAUGCAGUGUUUCCAGAACGGUCGCAUCUUUGCACAGGACCAGGAUGUCAGGGUGUACAAACGUAUUGUGCAGUGCCGUGUGUCUAUCCCUGUGGAAUGCUCCCCAUGGAAGCAGCCUCAUGUAGCUGCAGCGGGGAGGUUCAAUGCGUGCUUCUACAAGCACAGCAUCUUGGUGGACGGAUGUGUGCGUAUCGAGUCGUAUGGCCCUCCGACGACGUUCGUCUGGGCGUAUCCUAGCCUCCAGUACACGGACGGAGCUUGUGUUGCAUCGUUCAGGACCGACCGUACGGAUCAGUGGUUGUUGGAUGAGACGGCACUCCUUCGGAUCGAUUCGACAUUCAAGCUGGCGGAGUUCAAG